GCGCCGCUCGUCAAGUGCGUUAAGCAGACGCCAGCGAAAUCUGGCGUACUUCACCCUGCUUGCAGGGUGUGGCUGGUACGAUGAACGUCCUCUACAUUUUCUUUGUCCUUGUUCCCCUGGUUGUUGCUGACCGAAUUGGGGGUGACUCGGGAUGUCCAAACAGGACAUGGGACGCAAGAAAGGACAACUACCAGCAUCGCUGUGUGCACUUUUGCCCGAAUGGAAAUGGAUGGACUAUGGGGUAUUUCACAAACUUUACCAAAUGCUGGUACAACGAAGGCAUAAAUGGAACGUGCUAUGAUGGUUUAUGCUAUAAAGAACUGCCGAACGGUGUGACGCUGCCUAGCUACACCAUCACACAUGAAGUCGUUACACCAGACAAUCCAACGGACAGCACGCAUUACCCUCAGCCCGGCACAACCAAAGGAUCGACUACCACACGAAGUAAGAAAAAGAAGAACGAGGAUGAUGAAAACGAGCAGGGCAAGAAGAAAAAGAAGAAGAAGAAGAAGGAGGAGGAGGAGGGUGCUCCGAAGAAUGAGGAAGAGGAUAAACAGAAUAAGAAGAAGGAGAAAAAAAAGAAGAAGGAGAAGAAGAAUAGGACCACAGAACCCCAAGAAUGGUAGAUGCUAAUAUAUUCAAAUUUUCUUUCUUUUUUCAACGGCACUAAUAAACCAUAUUUUUAUCAUGCA